AUGCCCAUGACGAAGAACAUCCAAGUCCUCAUCAACUACUACUGCGUGAUGGUCCUGACCGGGACGCACGUCGACAAGACAGAAGUCCUACCACCUCACCUGCAACCCGCACGCCGGUAUGCCAAUCUUCGCGACAUCGCACUUCGAGCCAUCAUGCAGGACAAGGUCGAAUUCACCUCGUUGAUGGUCAUCAUGUCGUCUCGAAUGGUCCAUUUGUCGCGCAUAGCCCUGACAGGCUUGGCACGACCAGAGUAUUACAUGCACCUGGCCCUCGCUGCGGUGAGGGAGAGAAUGCUGGAUUUCCAAGCCAGAGGUGUGCCGGGUGACAACAUCCUCGUGCACGGCAUGCACAGCCUCGCCCUGUCGGACUGGAUCUGCCAACGCUUCGAAGCCGCCUCGACGCAUGUCCGAGCCGCCAAGGUUCUGCUCCCUCUGCUGAACCUGGAGGAUCCUCUGGACAUGCACAUCGCCCAAGGCGUCUUCAACGUCGACCAGAUGAUCGCCAUCGAGACCGGCUGGUUGCCAGAACUUCCACUCAUGGCUGAUCCCGGGCCCUUGGACGAGGCACGCAUGUCAGUCAUCCGUGAAGAGGUCGAAGCGUGCAAGUCCGGUCGACGGGAGCCGGUCGCCUAUCCGUACAGCCCGAUCCCGAACGCCAGCAGACUGAGCAACGCGAUGAUGAGCCACCAAGUCGACUUCCUCGCCGAUGCGUCCACAACCAUGGAUUUCAGCUUGGGAUCUGGCUUUGAGCGCGCCCUCGAGGCCGACCUCAUCCGCCCGGAACUUGCAUCCAUCCUCGUCGACCUCCUCGACGUGCUCACCGUGGCCAAGCUCGUCUGGCGCACGCCCACCGCCACCCGCGACGACGCAGAUUGGAUGUGCAAGCGCGCUCGAGCCAUCUGCUACCGCCUUCUCGCCGUCCCCAUGCUGCUUCCAUCCCCCGAGACGUCAGCCCACGCAGCCAAGACGGAGGCCCUACGCCUCGCUUCGUUACUGAUGGUCCUACGCUGCACGAACCGCAUGUCGUUCCGCUCCGCCCAGCCCAACAUGCGUCGGCUGCGGCGUGCGUUGUCUCUUCACGGGAUCGGCACGAACUGGUCGCCAGCACCAGGGCUUAGGAGAUCAGCAGCACACGCAGAGCCACAUCACAGUUCAAACAAAGACACAUGUACAGACACAGGCACAGACACAGGCACAGACACAGAAACAGAUACAAACAAAAGCGCGGACACGUACACGUACGCCCACGACGAGAACGCCCUCCUCCUCUGGAUCCUCCUGACCGGCCACUUCAGCGCCCAAGGCGAGCCCGAGGAAGAACUGUGGUUCCUCAUGCGCGCCGCGUACGUGGCGGAGCGGCAUCUCGGCAUCGGCGACCUGGACGGCCUGAAGGACGUGAUGGGCCGGUAUCUGUAUUCCAGGACGCAGCAGGAACGGAGUCUCAUCGUGGUGAGUUUGCAUUUGGUGAGGUCGAGGUCUAGGUCGGGUUGA